UCUGGUACCAAGUGAACAAAAAUAAUUGCAGAAGCUUUCCUUGCCCAGUUGUAAAAUUGUCCCCUUCACCCCAGGCAGAGAGCAGCUCCACAGCGCAGCUGCUCUGGUGGUUAAUAAUAAAUGGGCUAUCCCAGCAAGAAGCGCAUUGCUGGAGCGCAGGCCUGCUCACGCCAACGCUGCUGCCAGCUCCUCUCGUCCCGCCUCCUCCUGGGGCUGCUCAGGCAAAACUCCAGUUCAGACUGCAACCUCCGUAUGUGGGAGAGGCACCCAGAGCACUAUCCUAAGGCAAGAGAUGAUUAGGAAGAUGACGUGUAGACUGGGAAGACAUGUUUCUGCUGUGACAACUAGGACCGUCCAGGUGAGAAGAUUUCUGCAUGGUGAUUAUUUCAGGAUUCAGCCCUCCAUACAGGAAGCGCUGGUGGAGGGGAGACCAGUCGUAGCCUUGGAAAGCACUAUCAUUACGCAUGGCAUGGCUUAUCCUCAGAAUCUGAGCAUGGCCAGAGAGGUGGAAGAAAUUGUAACUACAAAUGGGGCAGUGCCAGCCACUGUGGGUAUUUUGAGGGGCAAAAUCCACAUUGGCCUCACAGAUGAGGAACUUCAGUUCUUGGCAGGCAGUAAAAAUGUAGUUAAAGUGUCUCGGAGAGAUCUUCCUUACGUCCUCAGCCAGGGCUUGUCUGGUGGCACUACAGUGUCAGGAACAAUGAUUGCAGCACACAAAGCAGGAAUCCCUGUGUUUGUGACUGGAGGCAUAGGAGGGGUCCAUCGUGGAGGAGAGAACACUCUGGAUGUGAGUGCUGACUUGACAGAGCUAGGACGGACUCCAGUUGCUGUUGUGUCUGCAGGAGUCAAGUCUAUCCUUGAUAUUGGCAGGACUCUGGAAUAUCUGGAAACUCAGGGAGUCUGUGUAGCUGCCUUUGGAGAGUCGAGGGAGUUUCCAGCCUUCUUCUCACGUCAAAGUGGCUUCCAGGCACCAUAUCAUGUCCAUAAUGAAGAGGAGGCAGCUGAACUCAUCGCCAGCACUCUGGGGCUAGGGCUGAGCAGCGGGGUGCUAAUAGCGGUGCCCUGCCCCCAGGAGCAUGCUACCUCAGGCCAGGUUAUUGAAGAGGCCAUCCAGCAAGCGCUGAGAGAAGCCAGGUCAAAAGGGAUCACAGGCAAAGAAGUGACGCCUUUUCUGUUACAGAAGAUAAAUGAACUGACCAAUGGAAAAUCACUGGACUCUAAUAUUGCUCUGAUCCAGAACAACGCUAGAGUGGGCAGCUGCAUUGCAGUGGCCCUGAGCAAACUACAGAAAGCCACGAAGAAGGGGAAGUUGCCUCAGAGAGAGGACAUCCCUCCAUCUAAGCCAGUGGUGAUUGGAGGCAUCAACGUUGACUUUAUAGCCAAGGCACAGAGUUCUGUCAUCCUGGGUGGUGGACAGACAAAUGCUGGAAUAGUGCGACGAUCUUUUGGCGGCGUUGGAAGAAACUUGGCAGACUGCUUAAGCCGUCUUGGGCUGACUCCUCUCUUUUUAUCAGCUAUGGGGAAGGAUGAACAUUCAGAGUCCAUUCUACACUACUGCCACCACAUGGACAUGAGAGCUGUCCUUCAGCUGGAGGGGAAGAGCACAGCCACUUACUGUGCUGUAAUCACUAGCACGGGAGAGCUCAGCGUUGGCUUGGGAGAUAUGGACAUCCACCAGGAGAUAACAGAGCAAUACGUGUCCAAAUUCAAGGAGAACCUGUGCCAGGCCCCGCUAGUUUGCAUCGAUGGAAACGUGCCUCUUUCCACUAUUCAGUACGUCUGUCAGCUAGCCAGAGAGCACCAGCUAGCAGUAUGUUAUGAGCCCACAGAUGAGAACAAGGCCUCUAAGCCGUUCCUCUCAGACAGUUGGAAAGCACUCACGUACAUCUCCCCCAACCUACAAGAACUAAGAGCAAUAAAUCGGACCCUUGGGAACCCUCUGCCAGCAGAGCUACCGUCCAGGUUGGAGGAUGUUGUCAAGACUGCAAUGACCUUGGCCCGGCCUUUGCUGGCACAACUACACUGUGUGGUGGUGACGCUCGGUGCUCACGGAGUCCUCUUAUGUGGCAAGAGCAUGGGAGGGAGCAUCUUCCUUUGUCCCAGAGCUCAUGAACAGAGUGCUGCUACCAGCCUGUAUGCUGCCCACUACCCCACCAUCCACAUCAGCAGGGAGGAGACAGUUAAUGUGUCAGGAGCUGGUGACAGUUUAAUGGCGGGAAUCAUUGCUGGGAUGCUUGCUAACCAUGACACAGAUACCUGUGUCCGGAUGGGUCUUCUUGCUGCAAGCUUGUCUCUCCGUUCCUACGGGCCCAUUUCCCCAGAAAUCAGCGCUCACAGUGUCAGCUUGGAACAAGUCAAGGGCAGGAGCUGGCCAGAGGUGAAGAUAUGGAAGAUGGACUAGUUCUUCUGCACCAUGGUUUUCUCACUCAUUACCUUAUCCUUCCUAACACACCUAACAUUGAUAUUUCCAGGAAGUAGGCUGUGUUUUGAGCUUCAAGCUCAAAAACUGGCCGCUGACUAGAGGACUUGGACUUGGAGUGCACACUGUACAUUUUUGGAGGUGAAGUGUCAAGGGACUACACUUGGUGACACCUUGUAUUGCACUGUGCAUACUCAUUUUUGUCCACUAUUGCUUCCUCUCUUUUUUUUCAUUCUGUUGCAGCAACUGCAGCUUGAUUCUUCUGUAUACCACCUAUUCAUCAUUUAUCUCACCUCAUGCUCCAAUAGGAGAGGUGUUCUAAUCUUGAGUAAAAUCUCAGGGCCCAAGCCAGGGAACCCUUUUAAAGAAAA